UCACACACAGCCGCUCGGCUCACUGGUUCGUUGGUUGCUUUAUCUAAGCUACUAGCUCUCUGGCCACUCAUAGCCAGUGGCGUUCCGGUCAGUAGGCGUCGAGGUCUCGCCGCCGGCCUAGAGAGAGAGGAUUUGGAUAGAGAGAGAAAGUAGAGGAGGGUAAUAGAGAGAGAGAGAGAGAGAGAGGGCCCGGGGGGCAAGAUAGAGGGGAGCGUGCGCAGGAAGCUGAUGAGGCUCCUGUCGUUCGUGCCCUGCGGCUGCCGUGCUGGACCCAUCGACGACGCGCCGCCCGCCGACCACGCCGGAGACGCCGCCGCCGCCGCGAGGAGGAGGCGCCGGAGGAGGAGGGCCGCCGCCGGAUCCGUGGGUGGUGCGGCCGCCGCCCAGUGGCGCCCGUCUCUCGGGGACAUCUACGAGGAGUACAGCACCGACGCGGCCAAGACCGCCGCCGGGCCGGCGAGGGCCAGGAAGGCGGCGUCCUGGGACGUCGCCAGGGUGCUGCCCCGCGCACACAGCGAUGAAUACCGGCACCUCGAGAGCGCGUCGUCCAUGCCGGCGUUCGCGCCGACGGCGUACUUGUUCUGAUGAGGAUCAUGGCGGCGUCGGCAUCGACCACGAAUCGACGACGAUGACGAU